GGCUCCGCUGGGCGAAGACCCGGAGCAGCGAAAUUCGCCCAAGGAAUGCCCCCGCCCGGCCCUGCUGCGCAUGCUCGCUCCGUGACCCCAACUUGAGGUGACGGCCCCGACCGAGGCGGGGGCCCGAGGCAAGAGGCUGCAGGACCUGCCGCAGCCCGGUGUCCGGAGAGGAAGGGCUCCGCUGCCGCCGACGCCCGGCCCGUGCCCGGACAAAGCUCCUGGACUGCCAGGUUCCCCACCAGGGAGGAGGAGGAGGAAGAGGAGGAGGAAGAAAAAUCCCUCUGCUGGGGCCUGAGCAUGGCCUGGGGGACAGGCCAUCGUCCCAGAAUGCCCCUGUCAGAGCCCAGCGAGCAGGAGGGCGAGAGUGUGAAGGCUGGCCAGGAGCCAUCCCCAGAGUCCCCUGAGCCAGGCACAGAUGUCGUCCCCGCAGCCCCCAGGAAGCCGAGGAAGUUCUCCAAACUGGUCCUGCUGACGGCCUCUAAAGACAGUGCCAAGGUGGCAGGAGCUAAGCGCAAAGGAGUGCACUGCAUCAUGUCCCUGGGGGUACCCGGCCCUGCCACCCUCGCCAAAGCCCUCCUCAAGAUCCAUCCUGAGGCUCAGAGGGCCAUUGAGGCGCCACCCCAGGAGCCUGAGCAGAAACGCAGCAAGCUGGACCAAGACGGAAAAGAAGAAGGAAGCUUGGCAGGGCAGCCCGCCCCCAGUGCCCCGGCGGAGGGGGAGCCCACUGCAGAUGCUGUCAGGCCCGCGCUCCUGUAGCUCCUGUAGCUCUUGCCCACGUGUCUGCCCUUACGGCCCGUGAACUUGCCUGUGACUGCUCGACCCAGGGACCCAGCCGCCAACUGAUUUUCAUUCUCAAACACUGUAUAAUUUUUUCCAAAUCCAGCACAAAUUACUUUUAUAAAUAGAAAAAAAAAAAAACUACCAAAAAACCUCAUAAAGAAUAAAAGAAGCCGUAUGCUAGGUCCCAUGAUGGACAGGUUUUAAAACCUUCCAUGGUUCCGGGUCCUUUGAGACCCAGCUGCAACCCCUCCAGCCCUCGCUGGGCCCGCUCCCGGGGCUGCCGGGCCGGGCCGUCUCUCAGACCCCUGGCCCUCGGCCUGGAGACCACUGCUGGCCCCAGAGACCAGUGGGGUCUCUGAGCUUUCUCCUUCCUGCUGCUCUUGGCCUCAAAGUGGGGCAGUGGGACGCUGAGGCCCCAGCCCCUGGGAAGCCUAUCCCACCCCACCCUGGCCGUCCCUCCAGGGCCUGUUUCCCAGCAGGCCUCAGUCUGUCCUGCUGGACCAUCAGGAGGCUUGUCUCCUCCAGGCAGCUCACCAGUUGGCAGCUUCCCCCCACCCUGCAUAGGGGCCCGUGUUCGCGGCUGCCCAGGGUUCUGCUGGGGAAGGGGUGGGCCUGCAGUACGGCAGGGGGACCCCGACAGUAGUAUAUGAUGCCCCUUUCAUGUUCCUUCUGGGUGUUUUGGGGGCUGAGAUUCCUGGGCAUCUGAGCCCCUCCCCAGGCACCUCGGGUGCUACCCCUGCUGGAGGAGGACGCAGACCAAGCACAGUUACCCCCUGCAAGCGGAAGUCAGGGUUCCCUGGAGGCCCCCGACAGGAAAGGCUUCGGCCUCCAGUUGCUUCACCUUGCCUGGUCCUCAUUUUGUGAAAACUGCCAUUGGACAAAGGAAACAAAUGGAUUAUUUCUAAAAAGUUGAGACUAGAGGCCUUAUGUUUUUGAACAUCAUUUUCCCAAGUUUAACCUGUACCUAGGGACCCCUCCUAGGAAAAGUGAGUUCCUCACACCCCUCCCUGCCCAGUCCACCUCACUGUUUUCCUCCAGCCUGGUUGUUUAUAACAUUUAUGUUCUGUAACCAUCAUUUGAGAUGUUCCUUUGUCUUAAUUCUAUAUUUAAAUAGAUUCCUGCUCCUCACCACG